GUUGUGCAACUAGUUUAACCAGAACCGGAGAUAGUAUCAGGAAUCAGAAAUGAAAGCUCGUCACAUGUGACUUUCCGGAACUCUGCUCCCCUUCUGUUUGAAGUUGGUGUCGAACCAGGGUCCGCCGGUUCCGAAGACCUGGAAACUUCUGAAUGUCGAAUCUGUGUCAAAGUUGAGCGUCAUCCUUAUGAGAUGUCGUCUCCCCGAGCAUCUUUCGUGCAGAUCAGGUUCGAUGACAUCCUCUUCUACGAGAACUGCGGCGGCGGCAGCUUCGGGAGCGUGUACCGAGCCAGGUGGAUCUCCCAGGACAAAGAGGUGGCGGUGAAAAAACUGCUCAAGAUCGAAAACGAGGCUGAAAUCCUCAGCGUGCUCAGCCAUCGUAACAUCAUCCAGUUUUACGGCGCUGUUGUCGAGGCUCCCAACUAUGGAAUUGUCACUGAGUACGCAAGUGGUGGCUCGCUUUACGAUUAUCUGUCAAGUGACGAAAGUGAGACGAUGGACAUGGGACAGAUCAUGAGCUGGGCUGCAGAGAUCGCUAGAGGAAUGCAUUACUUACACUCCGAAGCUCCUAUUAAAGUGAUUCACAGAGAUCUAAAGUCUAGAAAUGUUGUUUUAGCUGCCGACAAAGUACUCAAGAUUUGUGACUUUGGAGCCUCUAAGUUCCUGUCCCACACCACUCACAUGUCCCUGGUGGGGACGUUUCCCUGGAUGGCUCCGGAGGUCAUCCAGAGUCUCCCCGUCUCCGAAACGUGCGACACCUUCUCCUACGGCGUGGUGCUUUGGGAAAUGCUGACUCGUGAGAUCCCUUUCAACGGUCUGGAAGGCCUACAGGUGGCCUGGCUCGUGGUGGAGAAGAACGAGAGGUUAACCGUCCCGAGUUGCUGCCCCUCCAGCUUUGCAGGGCUCAUGAGGAGGUGCUGGGCUACAGAGCCAAAGGAGAGGCCGAUGUUCAGGCAGAUCCUGUCUACCCUGGAGUCUAUGUCUAAAGACAGACGGCUUCCUGAACAGUGCAACUCUUUCCUUCACAACAAGGCUGAAUGGAGGUGUGAGAUUGAAGCGACGCUGGAGAGGCUGAAGAGGUUGGAGCGAGACCUCAGCUCCAAAGAGCAGGAGCUGAAGGAGAGGGAGCGGCGGCUAAAGAUGUGGGAGCGAAAACUCGUCGAACAGUCCAACACUCCGCUGCUGCCCACUCUUGACAUAUAUACCUGGACUGAAGAGCAUGUGUAUUUCUGGAUGCAGCACUUAUUUGAUGCAGGGAACGGUACAUGUGACAUGCAGCUUUAUGCCGAUCUGUUUAAAGACAACCACAUCACCGGGAAGAGGUUGCUGCUGCUCACAGACAGCGACAUGCGGGACAUGGGGAUCAAGUCCAAAGGUCACGUCAUGCACCUCAAGGCGGAAAUUGAAAAGCUAGCCAAUGAUUACCUCGGGUUUCUCCACUUCCCACCUCUGCUGAAGGAUGAGCUGGAAAAGGAAGUGGAACAGAGCAAAACUGUUAAUCUGGAGUUGGUGUUUGGGUACCACUGGAAACCGGGAACAGGACAGUCUGAUUGCAAAUGGAAGAUGUACAUGGAGCUUGAUGGAGAUGAGGUUGCUGUAACCUACAUCAAAGAUGUCGUCUUUAAUGCCAACAGACAGGAUGUGGAAACCCCACGGAUGACUAAGCCACCUUUUCUGAUGGAUAAGUGGAUCGUUGGAUUGCAACAAAACCAAAGAAUAGACUACACCGUCAAUUAUGAGAAUGAUGUGAAGUCACCAAGGUCAACAAGACACAGUCGUGAGGUGAGGUGGAGUCCUAACGGUGGACAAGAUGAGAUCAAGACCAUAGAGCUGGUCAUCGAGAUGACUCCGGUUAACAUAGACCCCAGAGACAGAUCCAACUCUGGUAUUGAUCCAACAUGGAUGGAUAAUGUGAGGCGGAAACAUAUGAUAACCCAAAAAUCCCAGCAGAAGUCUGCUCCUCUGAAGAGCUCUGAUGCUCUCACGCUGCCUCAGUUUCUUUCCGCUCAUGAAAGCCAAGCAUCUUCUUACGCUGCAGCUGUGCGUCGCUCUCCAAACCACCUCCGUGCCUCUCCAUGGAGCGACUCUCGUAGCUCCUCGCCAACAGCCAGCCUGUCGGCCAAACUCUCACCUCUCAGCCUCGGGUCAAAGGGCAGCAGUCCCUCCAGCACAACGUCGGAGAGCAAUUCAGAGCGAGAGCGCCCACGCAGUGUCGGUGCAACGUACGACCGUUGCAGAAACAGCUACUUUGGCAACACGUUGAGUAUGGGUGGGGGGCAGGUAAGGGGGCAGGCAUGGACAAAUAAUAGAGGAAGCAAUAUUCAUAAUAAGAACAGCAGAGCUUCACGGCAGUCAGGGAGGCCACGAUCCAAUAGUUACGGUGUCACAGGACAGAACCGCCCACCAAUGAUACCGGGCAUAUUGUCUGUGACAGGAAACCCCAGCGAGGAAAAAGAGGGGGGCAAAGUCAACGAUGGAGGGUGGAUCAAAGUGGAACGUCAGAAGCGAUUACCGCGUCAGGACAAUAAACAACUCAGAGGUCGACAGAGGAGAGAGGGCAGGGGAGGGCGUGGCGCUGGCGGAAGAACAUAAUGUGGGCUGACAGCUUCUUUUAAACUGAAAAUUCUCUGAAAGGGUUUUACAUAUGAAUUAUAGUCACUGAUGUGCUCAAAAGGAGCUGCAUAAUGUAAAAGAAUCACAGUAAUAUAUGAGUGCAUCAGACAGAAUUUUUAUUUCUUUUUUUAGAAAGAGAAAAAUGACUUUACAUGUACAAACCAUAUUUAUGUUUUUAAUAAAAGCAGAUUUAUUAUCAUGCACUGAAAGGAGGACAGCAUCAUCUACUGCAGCUGUUUUAAAAAUGUUAUUUAACACUUUUUGUCUUGUAGCAACAUUAGACCAAGAUACAAAGAAGGGAUAAGAGCUUUAUCAUAUUACAGCUACGUUUCACUUCCUGUUUACAGAAAACCUGUCAUCCAAGUUUUUAUUGUACCCUUUUACAGUAACAAUGACAACAAUUAUCAGUUACUUUAUUUUAUCAAAAAGAAUGAUACUUUUUACUGACUGUAUAACUCAUGAAGUGAAUAAAUGACCUAUUUCUUAAA